ACACUGUCUGUGUGGGUGAACCAUUUUAGACUGUCGGUGAUGUGUACACAGAGGAAAUUUUUGCUUUCCACCUUUUCCACUCCUUUUCCACUGCGGCCCCAUCGAUGUGGAUAGGGGAGUCCACAGAAGUCAACUCCUUCGUUUUGUUGAGAGUGAGGUUAUUUUCCUGUCACCACUCUGCCCUCAGCUCCUCCCUGUAGGCUGUCUUAUCUUUGUAGUUAAUCAGGCCUACAACUGCUGUGUCGUCUGCAAACGUAAUGAUUGAGUGGCCACCCAGUCAUACACAAAAUAGCACAAUUGUUCAGGAGCCCAUAAAAUGUCUGCUAUUCCCUACAGCGUCAAACCUUGAUUAGAUAGUGAUUGUAUCCUACUGAUCAGAUCACAAAACCUACAUGUUAAUGCAAGGUGUAAACGAAGCUAGAGAGAGAGAGAGCGAGAGAGCGAGCCGAGAGAGACACCAGACCAGCCCCUCCAAAAUGUGCGUCAGUGAAAGUGUUUAGACUGGGGAUCCAGCCCACUCACACACACUUUCCCGUUAGGCACACAUCAACAGCAGUACUUAAUUUGGGAAUGGGAAGAUCAUACCAAAUAAUGAUGUUAGAGAACAAGGUUUUUUCCUGUUUUGUAUUCUAUAGUGUUCUCCUGGUAAUCAAGAUGUACAUCAUAGCAAUCAUCACUGGACAAGUAAGGCUGCGCAAAAAGGCUUUCGCGAACCCAGAGGACGCGCUGAGACAUGGUGGCCUCCAGCACUUCAGAGAGGAUCCAGAUGUAGAGCGGUGCCAAAGGGCUCACCGUAACGACAUGGAAAAUAUCAUCCCCUUCCUGUUCCUGGGGGCCGUCUACUCCCUGAUUGGCCCGUCGCUGGCCGUGGCCCGCGCUCACUUCCUGGUCUUCUUCCUAUUCCGCAUGCUCCAUACGCUGGCUUACCUCUGUGUCCUGCGGGCACCCACGCGCUCCCUGGCCUAUGUGAUCGCCCAGGUGCCCUGCAUCUCCAUGGCCGUUCAGAUUCUCGCGGCAGUGUCCUGACUUUAUUGGUGACCGCGACAAUCUGUGACCAAUCUCAGUGGAUGAUUAGGGCCUGAUAAGAGCAGUAGAGAAUACUGCUUGUAAGAGGGAACAGAUAUUUUUCAUAUGAGGGAAAUCCUAAAGACUGCAUUGUAAUCAGACUGCAAUGCUACAAUAGCAGUUUGUGCCUCUCAGCAAUGCUCUAUGAAGUGUACACUGUUGUGCUCUAGCUAGUCCAUCUUCAUGUAGUACUUUAUUCUUUUACAUCUUAGUCACAUAGCAGACGCUUUUAUCCAGAGCAACUUGCAGAUGCAUUGCUCAAGGGCACAUAGACAGAUGUUUCACCUAGUUGGCUCGGGGAUUUGAACCAGCAACCUUUCAGUUACUAACCCAAUGCUCUUAACCGCCCUGCUACCUAUAUGCUACAGAAUGUUGAAGUCAAUUGACUCCCUCUGAAGGUCAUGGGGACACUACUCUCGGAAGAAAAAGGUUAACCUUUCGAUUAACAUGUAACUUUGUAACCAAUUAAUUGGGUUGACAUGUUUUUUUUUCAUACACAAGUCAACGUUACUUGUUUUCAUCUUUUACAUUCUGUAUUUCUUGUCAUUCAACGAGUGGUAUUUUUGUAGGAAAGUCUGGGAUGUAGUGACCUAUUUGCUCAAACCAAUCCAGUAUUUUAGAAGUUGAACUGAAGAGCAGACAUGUAUAACACAAAUCAUUUAUAAUAAUGCAUUUUUUUAAUGAAAACAAAAGAAAACUGUUGAAUACCAUAUUCUAAGGAAUAUUUCUGGUAUGGUGGUCACUGUAUUUGUUUACAAAGCAUUGGCCACUAAGCUAUCACAUGAUGGAGGAUGAUGACUAUGUCAGAUAUGUCACCACUCCUGUCGAUGGGCUACGGAAGGGUUAGGAGGUUUGUCCUGAUCACAGGACUUGACUCACUAGGGCCCAUAGCUUUUUCUGGUCCGUUCCUGGACCUAGAUAGGAUCUAUGACUGCUGACUGAUCCAUAAUCAUAACAUCUACAGAUGCUGAAUCUUAAUGUCAAUUCCAAUUCACAUUUCCUGUUGCUGCAGGAUAAUUUUUCUCCUGUGUAAAACUGGCUCAAUUUAAGAUACGGCAUCUGUAUUUUAACCUCAACCUUUGUGUUUCUUUAGCCUGUUUAUAGAUCAACUGUGUUCUACACUGCAGCCCUUUGAGGCUUGCUAGAGCAGAAGAUGAUAUUGUGUAAACCUACGUGUUUCAAUGGGGAAUCAUUAGUGAACAGUUAGGACACAGUUCCAACUUACUGCAACACAGUUCCAAGUUGGAACACAAUUUCAGGCCUCUGGAUUAUAAUUAAGCAAUAUGUGGCUAGGUACAAGUUUAUCAAUAGACCACCAUUAGUUCCUCAGACAGACAGACUUUUGGCCUGGAAGUUGUUCCUUCCUCUGACUUGGGGCUGCUAGGUAAUCUCAUUCGGGGCUAGGGUUAAGACAUUGGAAUCUCUGGCUGGGGGAAGGUGAUUGUCGUAGGUGGGACGGUGGGUAUUCGCUGGCCUCUCUCUCCUUGUCUGAUGGUCCAGAGUUCCAGGCAGGGCGGAGUUCCAGAAUUCCUCUGUCGUUAUGUAAGGCCCUGGACUGGACACUGUCCACAGCAAGGGGCUAGGGGAAAAUGUGCAGUCAUGCAUGCUUGCUGCUAAACUACACACAGUCAUGGGCUGUAGACUCUUCCUCAUACUCAUUUAAACACGCUGUCACAUUCACACAUGGAUAUGUGCCCAGUCUGUAACUUACUGUAUAGGUGUUCACAAUUACAUGCAUUCUUGCACUUCACCCUCUUUAUGUCUCAAUCAUAUUAACACAAUUACAUACUCUCACUGUACAUGACAAUUCAUUUUACAUACCAAGGUAUUCAAAAGAAAUAUGUAUUUUUUCUAUGGAUGACUUCAUCUUGUAUCAAUUCAAUGUACAAUGGGAUAGCCGCAGAAAGGAGUUUGGUGGGUGGGGGGGAUACCAUUUGUUAUUAACACACUUACAUACUCUGGGAUAGCCGCAGAAAGGAGUUUGGUGGGUGGUGGGUACCAUUUGUUUUGCCCAUGCUGAGGACCCCUAUAUCGGUCCACUAGUACUUAUUUUGUGAAAAAAAAUGUAAUUAAAUGUAUUUGAGUGUUUACAAGCAUUUGUAACUUGAGUCUGAUAAUUAUCUGUACAAAACAUUUAAUCUGAUAAUACUUGUGGAAUAUACAAAUAUUUGCUUAAAA